UCCUCUGUCCAACAUGGCGCAGGCAGGUUGUUAACGGCCAUCGAAGGGAUUUACCCCACCUUACGUGUGUAUCUAUGUGUGUGUGUUAGGGGCAUUGAUCCAGGCGUGCCGGUCUCGUAGCUCGGUGCAGACCCCGGUCCAGACCCCGGGACAGCCUCACGGUUCCGCCCCGGUCUCGGUGCGACAUGUAUGAGGGCAAAAAGACGAACAUGUUCCUCACCCGGGCUCUGGAGAAGAUCCUAGCCGACAAGGAGGUCAAAAAGGCUCACCACUCCCAGCUCCGGAAAGCCUGCGAGGUGGCAUUGGAGGAAAUCAAAGAGGAAUCUGAAAAAUUAAGCCCCCCCCCAGGAGACGGUAAAUCGGGCUCCAGCACCCUCCCGCCAAUCAAGUCAAAGACCAACUUCAUCGAGGCUGACAAGUACUUCCUGCCGUUUGAGUUGGCCUGUCAGUCGAAAUGUCCCCGCAUCGUCAUCACCUCCCUGGACUGCCUGCAGAAACUGAUCGCCUAUGGGCACCUGACGGGCAGCGCCCCGGACAGCACGGCCCCGGGCAAGAAGCUGAUCGACCGGAUCAUAGAGACCAUCUGCGCCUGCUUCCAGGGGCCCCAGACGGACGAGGGCAUCCAGCUACAGAUCAUCAAGGCUCUGUUGACGGCGGUGACUUCGCAGCACAUCGAGAUCCACGAGGGCACGGUGCUGCAGGCGGUGCGCACCUGCUACAACAUCUACCUGGCCAGCAAGAACCUCAUCAACCAGACCACGGCCAAGGCCACGCUCACCCAGAUGCUCAACGUCAUCUUCGCCCGCAUGGAGAACCAGGCACUUACAAAUCACAAGCUCUCAUGGUCUCUGGCCUUCAGAAAGAGGGACCGCCAGCUGCAGGAGGCUAAGCAGAUGGAGCGUGAGCGGCACCGGCAGCAGUCCCCGGCCACGCCCCACAAAGAUGCCGCCUCCCCCCAGCUCCAGGGCCCCGCCCACCUCCAGUCCAGAGGCCCCGCCCAGGAGCCCAACGGGCCCUCCACACCCCCCUCCACGCAGUCCACCCCGGGAGCCACGCCCACCGCCACCACCCCCUCCACCCCCGUCAACAGCGGCCUGGAGGGCGGGGCCCCCGAGGGGCGGGGCCCCGGGGCCUACGAGAGCCCCCACCCCGAGAACGGCUCAGAGUUCUGCGUGGCCGAGAACGAGCAGACGGAGGCGGACCAGGCCACUGCCGCCGCCACCGCCGCCGCUGCCACCGCCGCCGCCACCCAGAACGCCGUGGCGGAGCAGCGGGUGGGGGAGGGGGAGGAGGGGGAGGACCGCGAGUCCCCCAACUACGAGGAGAAGGCCCAGGAAAUCGUGCAGAGCGUCCUUCAGGAGGUGGUCAACACGGUCGCCGGAGGGAACUGCCUGGACCCCGCCCACCUCUGCUCGGACGCCAAGGAGUCGGGCGGCGAGGGCGGGGGCGAGGCCGGGGCCGUCGGCGUGGCGGCCGUCGACGCGGUGGCGGCGGGCGAGUCGGAGGCGUGCGGCGAGGGGUCGGCGGAGGUCACCCAGAGCUCGCUGGAGGACGAGAGCGUGCUGGGCAGCAGCGACAGCGAGCACGCCCACGUCAACGGCAUCCCCGGCACGCCCAUCAGCGCCAGCUUCACGCCGUCGCUGCCCGACGACCGGCUCUCCGUCUCCUCCACCGACACUCAGGAAUCGGGGACCGCUCCGGGCCAGCCCCCCGGCGCCAAGUUCUCCCACAUCCUCCAGAAGGACGCCUUCCUGGUGUUCCGUUCGCUGUGCAAGCUCUCCAUGAAGCCCCUGACCGACGGACCCCCCGACCCCAAGUCUCACGAGCUGCGCUCCAAGGUGCUGUCCCUGCAGCUGCUGCUGUCCAUCCUGCAGAACGCUGGGCCCGUCUUCAAGACCAACGAGAUGUUCAUCAACGCCAUCAAGCAGUACCUGUGCGUGGCGCUCUCCAAGAACGGCGUGUCCUCGGUGCCCGAGGUCUUCGAGCUGUCGCUGUCCAUCUUCCUCACGCUGCUGUCCCACUUCAAGACCCACCUCAAGAUGCAGAUCGAGGUGUUCUUCAAGGAGAUCUUCCUCUACAUCCUGGAGACCUCCACCAGCUCCUACGACCACAAGUGGAUGGUCAUCCAGACGCUGACCAGGAUCUGCGCAGACGCCCAGGGCGUGGUGGACAUCUACGUCAACUACGACUGCGACCUGAACGCCGCCAACAUCUUCGAGCGGCUGGUCAACGACCUCUCGAAGAUCGCCCAGGGGAGGGGGGGUCACGAGCUCGGCACCACGCCCGUCCAGGAGCUGACCCUGAGGAAGAAGGGCCUGGAGUGCCUGGUGUCCAUCCUGAAGUGCAUGGUGGAGUGGAGUAAAGACCAGUACGUCAACCCAAACUCCCAGACCAGCCUCGGUAAGAGCCCCCGUCCCCCCGAGGUCUGAACCCCGGGGCGUUUGGACCCACGCCAGGGGGGGGGUGGACCCUCGGUCGAACCCUGGUGUGGACCCAACAUUCCAGCCCUGGUCUGUGUGGAAGUGGGGGUCUCUGUUCACCUCCGCGUGAACUGGAGGUGUGAACGGGAUCUGACUCGUCCACAGGAAGCAAAACGAACAACGAUGAAGGGCUGAAUGUCGAUUUGACCUGCGAGACUGUGAAUAUUAAACCCAUUCAGUCAGGUGAUUGUAAAACGUCAGAGGCUGAAAUGAGGUACAGCAUCCAUCGAAACGGGGCCGGAUGUACCCGGUUAAGGGUCGUACGACCACAUGUAGCGACUGCUGUUGGUCACAAAAACAGAUGUUUUGAAAGGAUUCAGUUACCGUAUGUUGGUAACGGGGUUAUUUAAAUAUAAUCGUCGGAACACCAUCGAUCAAUGUUAUUUUGAGAAGAGAAUUGAGGCUGAGCGCUGGGCGAGCCGGUGAGCCGGCAGGCAGGUCGUCAGGCUGCCCUCCCUGGGUCGCAGGCUCCCUGGCUGACAUUUACCCCCCCCGUACGUCCGCUCCCGGGCCCGGAGGGAGGGAGGGAGCAGAGUUCACCUCCUUCCACCCGAGGAACCCGGGAGUGGACGGCUCAGCCCCCGGGCGUGCUGAUCCUGCAGGCGCAGCGAACGCAGAGAGC